AGCGUGGAGGCUGCGUGGACCAGCGGUGCGUGCGUGUGUCUGUGUGUGUCUGUGUGUGUGUGAGUCCGUCCUCCUCCAGUGGAGGAGUGCCCUGCCGCAGGAAACCCGCCGGUCAUCAUGCCCAGCGCCUGUGUGAAGGCGCUGGUGCUGCUGCUGGCGUCGUCCGCGGCGCAGGGCGGCCGCGUGCCCGCCAUCCCCGCCGGCCACCGCGCGCAGUACAGCCUGCAGCACGCGGACGGCAGCUUCAAGUACGGCUGGGACACCGGCCGCGGCUCCACGGCCCAGGUGGAGGGCGACGCCAACAACGAGGUGCGGGGCUCGUACUCGGCGGGGCCCGGCCUGCAGGUGCACUACACGGCCGGCGUCAACGGCUACGUGCCCACCCUCGUCGCCGACGGCCAGGGUCAGGGCCACGCGCCGCCGGCAACACCCGCGCCGCAAGGAGUCAAGUCGGGAUGGUCCAGUGGGUGGAGCGUCGGCGCCCCGGCGGUGUACGCCCCCGCAGCGCACGCGCCCGCCGUCAAGGGGGCGCACGUGGGUCCCGCGGGGCCUCUGCGCCCUGACGGCUCGUACAGCUUCUCGUACUCGACGGGCGACCAGUCCCGACACGAGUCCGCCGACGCCGCCAACAACGUGAGGGGCACCUUCUCGUUCCGCACGGAGGAGGGCGACCGCACCGUCAACUACCACGCCGGCGCCAACACGGGCUUCGUGGCGCAGGGCGCGCACCUGCCCACGCCGCCGCCCCUUCUCCUCAUCCCCGCCGUCGCCAUCCCCGUGCAGAUCCCCGUACAGGGCAACGGCCGCUGGGAGCAGGCCGGCGGGCAGUGGGACGCCGACGAGCCGGAACCCCAGCCCGAGCCCUCCGGCCCCGCCGACGCGUCCUACCAGUUCGGCUACCAGAGCAAGGACGGCAGCAGGCAGGAGGCGGCCGAUGCGGGCGGCAACGUGCAGGGCAGCUACUCGUACACCAGCCCGGAUGGCGUGCAGCGCCGCGUGGACUACGAGGCCGGCGCCAACAAGGGCUUCGUCGCCAACGUGCAGCCCAAGGACGAGCCCGCCGGCCCGGCCGGCGGCAUCCAGACGUCCUGGCAGUCCGGCGGCGACGACAGCCUCCAGCAGGUGCUCGACAGCGCGCAGCAGCUAGACCUGGGUGGCGACGGCCCCAAGCAGCCCCCCGUCGGCGGCGACGCUAACACGCAGAGCGUCCGCGGCGCGGACGGCUCGUACGCCUUCUCCUACAGCACCAAGGACCAGAGCCGGCAGGAGCAGGGCGACCCCAAGAACAACGUGGAGGGCUCCUACACCUUCGUGGCCAAGGACGACGGCAAGGAGCGGCGGGUGGACUACUACGCCGGGGCGAAUACGGGCUUCGUCGCGGAGCUCAGCGAGUCCGGCGGACCCGCCAAGGGACCCGGCGUCAAGGGACCCAGCACCCAGGCGCCCAUUGCCCAGGAACCCAUUGGACAAGAACCUAUUGACGGACAGGAGCUCAUCGGCCAGGAGCCCGUUGGCCAGGAGCCCAUAGGCCAGGAACAGGUCACCGAGACACCCAUCCAACAAGCGGAUAAUCCUGACCUCGACAUCCGCGUCGACGACAAGAUAGACCUGCGCGUGGGCACUGGUGGCGACGACAGCCAGCAGACCACGGACGGCGGGGAGGGCUCCGGGGGCGGCGACGGCGGUGACACGCAGAGCAGCCGUGGCCCGGACGGCUCGUACGCCUUCUCGUACUCAACGAAGGACCAGAGCCGAGAGGAGCAGGCCGACGCCAAGAACAACGUCAAGGGCAGCUUCUCGUUCGUGGCGCCGGACGGCGUGCCCCGACGCGUGGACUACGAGGCCGGCGCCGGGAAGGGCUUCGUCGCCAAGGGCGACCACCUGCCCAAGCAGGAGGUUCUUCCCGGGAACGAGGCGAUGGGGCAGCAGCAGCAGACCCAGCAGUCCUGGGACGACGGCCAGCAGACGCAGAGCCCGGAGGACGGCGACGAGCAGCAGACGCAGGGCCCCGAGGUCGGCGACGGCGGCUCCGGCGACGGCAGCUACUCGUACUCGUACGAGACGGACUCCAGCAGGAAGCAGGAGUCGGCGGACGCGGCCGGCAACGUGCAGGGCUCUUUCUCCUACAACGACGGCACGGGGCAGACCAAGACCGUGACGUACACGGCGCGCCGCGGCGAGGGCUUCAAGGCCGAGGGCGAUCACCUGCCCAAACCGGGCCAGUUCCUGGCGGCCGCGGCGGCGGCUGGCGUCGGCGGCAGCGUUCACGGCGGAGCGUACGGCCGCGGCCGGGGCCGCCUGCGUCCGCCCGUCGGAAUCAAGUCCCUUCAGCCGGCGGCGACCUGGUCGCAGGCGCCCUCCCAGCCGGCGGCGACCUGGCCCAACGGGCUGCAUCCGCAGGGGCCUCCCCAGGACGCGUCCGUGCGCACCUACCUGCCCCCCGGCGUGCCCGGCCACAAAGUCGGCUACGUUUACGAGGCGAAGACCCGGUAGCGAGCAAGCGAGCGGACCGACACAAAGUUCCAUUUGGCGAACAAGUUCUGACGGCUUUAUUCGCAGUCCAUAAUUCAAUUUGUCCCUCGUGGCUCCUCUCGGCUCCGCUGCCGGCAAGGCGCGGUGCCACCAGAAGCAGCCCGCGCUCCUCUCUCUCUCAACGCAAACCUUUGUACAAAAACGUGUUCUGAAAUAAAAUAAAUUCCCAGAGUGUUUU